ACAUUUCCCAGAACACAAUUCGGCGGAUCUCACUUUUUUCACCCACGUGCUUUUCGCUCGCGCGGUUUGUGCUGCCUAAACUCUCCCCAAGUUCACUGGUUUCUACGCUGUCUGCAGGUCAAACCCCGGAUCUCAGCAUCAUGUCCACUGAACUGGCUCUCCUGAGUGUGUCUGAUAAGACCGGGCUGCUGGACUUUGCAAAGCGGCUCUUGUCAGUCGGGUUGUCUCUGGUGGCGUCAGGUGGCACGGCUAAAGCAUUGAGGGACGCUGGGCUCUUGGUGAGAGAUGUCUCCGAGAUCACUGGUUUCCCCGAGAUGCUUGGUGGCCGGGUUAAAACCCUUCACCCUGCUGUUCACGGGGGAAUCCUGGCCAGAAACACUCCUUCUGACCAGGCGGAUAUGGAAAAACUGGGCUUUAACCUUGUGAGAGUGGUUGUGUGUAACCUUUAUCCUUUUGUGAAGACUGUUGCGUCUCCGAAUGUAACUGUGACUGAUGCGGUGGAGCAGAUUGACAUCGGUGGUGUUACUCUUCUUCGUGCUGCGGCUAAGAAUCAUGCUCGAGUGACGGUGGUCUGCGAUCCAUCUGACUACGAGUUGGUGGCGAAGGAAUUGGAGACUUCGAGCGAGAGUAACACAUCACUCGAGACACGGAAAACUCUCGCGCUGAAGGCAUUCACACACACGGCUCAGUAUGACGAUGCGAUCGCUGAUUAUUUCCGGCGCGAGUUCAGCAGCGGAGUUUCUCAGCUAUCGCUGCGUUACGGCAUGAACCCUCACCAGAGUCCUGCACAGAUUUACACACUGAAGCCUGAGCUGCCGAUAAAGGUGCUGAAUGGAGCUCCAGGCUUCAUUAAUCUGUGUGAUGCGCUGAACGCAUGGCAGCUGGUUAAAGAGCUGAAGAGCGCACUGCUAAUACCUGCUGCUGCCUCCUUUAAACAUGUCAGUCCUGCUGGUGCAGCUGUCGGCGUGCCGCUUAGUGAGGAUGAGGCUAAAGUGUGCAUGGUGCACGACAUGCUGAAAGAUCUCACACCGCUCGCUACUGCUUAUGCUCGUGCUAGAGGAGCAGACAGGAUGUCCUCCUUCGGAGAUUUCAUCGCUCUCUCGGACCCCUGCGACGUUCCCACUGCUAAGAUCAUCUCCAGAGAGGUUUCAGAUGGAAUUAUCGCUCCUGGUUAUGACCCUGAAGCUCUUCGUGUCCUCAGCAAAAAGAAGAAUGGAAAUUAUUGCGUUCUGCAGAUGGAUACAGCUUACGAGCCUGAAGAACAGGAAGUGAGGAUGCUGUUCGGGCUGCACAUGAAGCAGAAGAGGAACAACGGGGUCAUCGAUAAGCAGCUCUUCAGCAACGUUGUCUCCAGCAGCACCCUGUCUGAAACGGCCACGCGUGACCUGAUUGUGGCGAGUGUCGCCGUCAAAUACACGCAGUCCAACUCAGUGUGUUACGCCAAGGACGGCCAGGUGGUCGGCAUUGGUGCAGGUCAACAGUCUCGGAUCCACUGCACGCGUCUGGCAGGUGACAAGGCAGAUAACUGGUGGUUGCGUCACCAUCCAAAAGUUUUAGGCAUGAAAUUCCGCACCAGUGUUAAACGUGCCGAGAUUGCUAAUGCUAUCGACCAGUACGUCAGUAACACCAUCGGAGAGGGUCCUGACCUAGAUGUGUGGAAGGCUCUGUUUGAGGAAGUUCCUGAACCUCUUAGCGAGUCGGACAGGAAGCAGUGGCUCAGCUCCCUGAAGGCUGUUGCUCUCAGCUCUGAUGCGUUCUUCCCCUUCAGGGACAACAUUGACAGAGCGAAACAGAGCGGUGUUGAGUACAUCGCUGCACCGUCAGGCUCCACUGCAGACGAGGUGGUCAUCAAGGCCUGCAACGAGCAGGGAAUUGCGUUGGUGCACACCAACCUGCGCCUGUUCCACCACUGAACACAUUUCUCAGGCUCAGAAAUCGGGACCUGGAGAUGUAGCAAAUGCCGUCCUCUUAGCAGCUGUACAAUUUUUCUUAGCUAAGCUGAUUAGCAUAAUGUUUCAUGUGUUUUUCGUUCAUUCCCUUUUGUGUUCAUAUCGACGUUAACACUGUAGUAAACGGUACAAAACAUGUUCAACACUACUAUGAUCACAACUCCUUCACAUUCCAUGUCCCUGUCUGAGGCAGCUGAUCUGCCUGAAACAGAAUAGAUUAAAUAUAUUCUCAAAAGA